AUGCAUGAUUACCGACUAUUUUGUCGAGAUCAAGAUUCAAUUCGUACUAAUCUGUCAUCGUGCACGAAUGGAACUAUAUGGAAUUUCUCCACUCUCGAACAAAACAACAUUAAUACUGACGAUUUACUGAACUGGAAAAUUCCCUUUGAUCUUGUUGAGCGUUAUGCAGAUUAUUUGAACACAGGUUUAACGAAUAGUUUCAUCUGUAAUUGUACAUCUAAUCGAAUUGGAUCAUCAUGCCAAUAUAUGCUAUUUUGUGAUCUACGUACUAUCAGUGAAGUAUUAAAAAAGCAACUCCUUAACCCGAAGGAGCGUGAAAGUGAGCGUGCGGCAUGCUUAAUUGAUGGUAUCAAAUGUAAUGCAGGUUUACUCUGUCUGGAAUGGCGACAAGUAUGUGAUGGAAUACCUCAUUGUGAUAAUGGUAUUGAUGAAGCUGAAUGUUACUUGCUUGAAUUUCAACAGUGUGCAUCGGAUGAAUUUCAAUGUCGAAAUUCAAUGUGCAUACCAGUUGAAUUUCUUUUCGAUGGUACCGUUGAUUGUAUGGAUAGAAGUGACGAACAAGAAAUAGGUAGAAUACGAGAACUUGUUGCAACAUGUCCGACGAAAUCGACUUUCGAAUGUGAUGAAAGAUUAUGUCGCAAGGAUGAAUUCAGUUGUGGAGAUGGUCAAUGUAUUCCCUGGUCAAAUUUGAUUCAUCAUCAAGAUAGUUGUAAGAAUGGGCGUGAUGCUGCUUAUCAUUGUGAAACGAUCAAAAACUUCGCAACAAUGCCUAGUGGAGUUUGCCGAUACAAUGGUUUUGGUAAGUGA